UGAAACGAAGCAACGAUGUGUGUAAAUAACAAGUUCAUGAUGUAGUACUAGACUUUUAGUGUCUAUAUUUAAUAUUUAGAGGAAUAUCUAAAGUCAAGUAAUGUUAAAUUAAGGUGUACUAAACUGUUCAAUAUAGUGCAAGAAUAUAAGAAUUAAUAAAGGAGAGAUAUUUAAGAAAGAAAUUAAAAUGGCGAUGUAGGAAUAUGGCACCAUCUCCCAUAACCUCCUUCGUGUUAUUGGAGUAGGUAGUGAAUUAAGUUGUGUGUCAGAUGUAUCCAUCCUUUUUGAUUCCGUAAAAAGUUUCGUGGCUUGUACUGUUUAUUGUGUGUAUCUAGUGUUUCAGUGAGUUGUCUAUUAUGCGUUUUCGUCGCCGUAUAAGCGAUUUAUACCCCAAAAAUGAAAAGUGUUCUUUCAUGAACAAAACGGCGGGGUGUUGGCAGCGAUUGUCUAAGCUCGAUUGGAGCCGUUUUUCUUAACAUGGCUGCAACGCAGGCCGAAAAGCAACCAAAUGACGUGAGUAACGAAAAAGUGCAGUCGGAUCAGCAUCUGAAUCUGCGGAAUUCGUUGUUACAAAAUGGAACCGAAAAGAGUAGUGUUCGCGGAAGUGGCAGUGUAGUGGUUACAAAAGCAAAAGCAAGCACCAUGAGUCAAUAUCGACAGGAUGGAGGCGAGCAAGCUCUCGGCGAAUCUGAAAUGGGGCCCACCGGUGAAACUGGCUUGUACCAAGUUGUCCCGGCUUCUGGAACCGAAAGCCCUGUGGUCGGUGAUGGAAAUUGUUAUAGUUUUCCGUUCGGCAAUAGGGACGUUCAUAGUAGCGGUGAUGGAAGUAUACACGGGUUCGGUCCGUGCCACUCUUUCAGUGGUCCUAAACAGUUACCUGGUGGCUUUCCUCAGCGGUUUAUGACAGGGCAAAGUAUAUCCCAACCGCCGACGGGACCGACACCUACUCUCAACAAACUCCUUCAAAGCACCUCGAACCCCAUGCAACGAUUCAAUAGCUACGGACAUCCAGAACAACCAUACGGCCAAGGAUGGCCACCUCAAAAACAUAAUUCUUCAGCAACCCCCAGUUCGGUGCCUACCGGCUCUUAUCGUAAUCAGUCCACGUUAUCACCUGCCUAUAGUGGUACACCGUCUUCAAGUCCGGGCUAUGGUGAGAGUAGGACGGGGUGGCCAGGAUUGCCGGUAAGUGCUCAUCACAGUUCCGGUAGCCCUGGACCACCUUCGGCAACCGCCCCUUCUAGCCAAUCAUCUCCGCAGUCCAACCAGCAGCCCAGUCAUUCUCCUGGACCUGGUUUACCUCCAAGUCCACAACAUCAAAAUCAGUCCUCGCAUCAGCAUCAAAAUUUCUCUAACCGACCAGCUCAGCCCACAACCCCCAACGCACACGCUCCUGAUGCAGCUGAUUUGAGUGGAGGAAAUAGUAAUGAUAGUUCAGGAGGUCCUGCUCCAGGAACGCCGAAUUCGCAGGGUAUGAGGCCGACACCGUCCCCAACGGGAUCAACAGGUUCGCGGUCAAUGUCUCCAGCAGUGGGUCAACAAAACAUUCCUAUACCUCCACGGCCAUCUAGCAGUCAAUCAGAUGGCGGUGGUCCAACACGUAUGAGCCAUUCCCCGAUGGCAACCCAGAGCAGUUACCCACCGUCGCAUUUGCAAGGGUACAAGGGUCAUACAGGCAUGGUUCCUCCCUCAGGCCAACAAAUGCCGAUAUAUCAGUCAGGACAGCAGUACACGCAAAGCGGUUUCCCUCCAAGACCGCAAAGUAAUACACAGUAUUCGCCUCAAGGAUACGGCCCCCCAGUGUCACAAGCGCCACCGAAUAGUAACAUGCCGCCACAACAGUAUCCUAACCGUUCUGUAUCGAACCACAUGAAUAAUUCUCAGUUUUCUCCAUACCAGCAAUGGCUGAAUCCAGCAGUUAGUACGGGGAAUCAUCUGUCAGGUGUAAAAGCGACCCCAGCACCUCAAGCACCCAAUUCCCCAUCUCCCAGUACAGCAAGACCACCGCACUACCUCAAACAGCACCUUCAACAUAAAAUGGGUUUUGGGAGUAAUUCAUCGCCCACCCCACUAAGCGCAAGUCCUCCGCAAAAUUUCCAGAUGGGUCCUCCUCCAACAAGUCAUCACCAUACUGGAAUGGGGCCGCCGCCCAGUAUGGGUCCUCCGAAUGUACCGCCAGCGACUAGCCCGCUUCUCACUAACAGUCAUCUCCAUGACGGACCUAUGCCCCCACCUAGUUCGACCCCUAACUCGCAUCAUCAAGUUAAUUCUGAUAUUAUGGAUAACGGAAUUACGACAACAAGUGCAAGUUCGAUGUCCACUAAUGUUACCUCGGUUUCGGGUAAUACAGUGACAUCGGUCGUAACGACCGGACCCGACGGUACGACCAUUGACGAAGGGUCGCAACAGUCCACAUUAUCCAACGCCUCCGCAGCCUCUGGAGAGGACCCACAAUGUGUUACGCCGAAAUCUCGUAAAAAUGAUGUAGGACAUUACAGUCAUUCGACAACUCCUCAGAGCACUGUGCCUUCACCCGGUGCUGCAAGCGUGAAUUCUUUGCACGACGAAUAUGGAGAACUAAGCAGCCCUAGUUGGCCCAGAACUCCGGCCAGUCCCGUUUUUAACAGUCAUGUGCCUCCCCCGGACACGUAUCGUUCAAAGAAGACAGACAGCCUAAGCAAGCUUUAUGAAAUGGACGAUAGUCCUGAACGUCGUGUGUGGCUGGACAAGUUACUUGCUUUCAUGGAAGAACGCCGUACUCCUAUAACAACGUGCCCUACAAUUUCCAAAAAUCCACUCGAUUUGUUUCGUUUAUACGUUUAUGUUAAAGAAAGGGGUGGCUUUAUGGAGGUGACGAAAAAUAAAACAUGGAAAGAUAUUGCGGGAAUGUUGGGUAUUGGUGCUUCUUCCAGUGCGGCGUAUACGCUUAGAAAACAUUAUACGAAAAAUCUUUUGGCGUACGAGUGUCAGUUUGAUCGAGGAGGCAUCGAUCCGCAACCGAUUAUAAAUCAAGUGGAGGCUAGUUCUAAAAAGAAGGGUGCCAAAUCCGCAUCAGUACCAUCGCCAGGUUCUUCAAAUUCUCAGGAUUCGUUCCCACCGCCGGGGUCAGGAGGGGCGUCAAUGGAUGGUUUUAAUUAUGGUUAUCCUUCGGGAGGCAAUCCGGAUUAUAACGCGCAGUCACAAAGGACACAAAGCAACGCCCCUUCUGGGCAUGUUGGUUCUGGAGGUGCUAACCAUCUAGGCAGUGCACCCUCUGGAAAUCCAAGCCCUGCAGGCGGGGCAUCUGAUAAUGUUAGUGUUUCGAAUCCAUUUGACGAUGUAUCCCCCAGUCCGCCACCUCGAGGGGGUUCAUUCCCAGGAGGUUCUCAUCCACCUUAUCCUGCAGGCACUCCAACGAGACCACAAGGGCAGGGCUAUGGUGGUCAGGGAAGCUACAAUCAGUAUCCUGGCUCAAACGCAGGAGGACCAGCAGAUCAGUAUUCACCAUAUCCUUCUAGUUCGUCGUAUCCUCCUGCAGCUCGAACGGUCUAUCCCACUUAUUCGAGCGAUUCGUCGGCAUCCCCAACGAGUCCGAAUAAUAGCCAAGGCGCACCGUCAGCCGGACAGGACCCGUAUAACCGUUAUUCUUUAGGUGGUUCAGCUGGAGGAUACUCACCUAGACCAACAUAUGGAGGAAGUCCCGCCGUUGGAGGCCCACCAGCAUCUCAACCUCCUUCUGGACAAUAUCCUUCACAACAAGACUAUUACAGACCCGAACAGGGUGUGGGUGGUACAUCCGGAAAUUAUUCUGGAGGUCCUCCAAAUAAGAACAUGCCUCCUCCCGCCCCUCACCCAAGGAGGCAUCCAGAUUUUGCCAAAGAUCAACAAAGCUACUCUCAGUAUGGCCAACAAAGACCUCAAAUAUACGGGGGUUGGUCCAACAGUAACCAAUAUAGAGGACCGUAUGUCGGUUCUUCGACCCCUACAGCAGGUUCGCAACAAUGGAAUCAGAGCGGAAGACCAAGCGGACAAUGGGAUCGUUAUCCAGCAGCAACGCAAAAUUACCAGCCUAAUCAACAGGGACAGCAACAGUGGUCACCAAUAUCUUCUCCAGGAGUCGGCCAAAAUUCUCCACUUCGUGCUCCGCUUAGUGUACGCCCUGGAAAACCAUUUAAUGUAAUGCCACCACAGUCGGGUAAAGUUCAAUCUUCGGCACCACCAACCGGAACUUUUGGACAAAGUCAAAUUCCGAAACGUGAAAUAACAUUUCCUUCUGAUAGCAUCGAAGCGACGCUUCCCGUUUUAUAUCGUCGUAAACGUGUGUGCAGAGGAGAUGUUGGUCCCGUAGAUGCGUGGAGACUUAUCAUGUGUUUGCGGUCGGGGUUGUUGAUGGAAAGCUGUUAUGCUUUAGAUGUAUUAAAUAUAUUAUUAUUUGAUGACUCAUCAGUGGCAUAUUUUGGACUUAAUCAAUGGGCAGGACUUCUUGAUCUUCUUUUAGACCAUUUUAAGAAAAGCCUGACUGAUAUGUUCGACAAGCCAUUUAAUGCUAAUGAAAAAGCCGACGAUAGCGAGGUGGAUCUUGGUUCUGUUAAAAUGCCAAUAGAAACGGACGCAAAAGUAAUACUACUCAAACAAACGAUUAAUUACUCGCAUAUGUCACGUAAGGGACAUCCUGUCAAAUUGGUCGACAGUUGUGAUGAUAUUUUUGUACAGGAUCAUCAGAAAGACUGGGAUAAAAACGGCGAAGUAAGCUACAAGAGCAUUUUUGAAGAAAUCAUAACGGAUCCUUGGCAUGUGACGGGUGAUCAUAUAUUGCCAACAUUUUGCGCAGAAUUUUGUCAUGUUCCUUUUCAUAGAACGCUGACAAGUAAAAGGAAAAGUGAUCUGGCUCAAACAGACGAAGAGACUGCCGCACGAAAAGGCUUAUCCUCGUCGCCGAAAUCGCCUAGCGAAACGACGCCUCCUUACUCGAAACUCAGUGAAAAGAAACGAAGGACAAAAAGUUUAAGUGAUGUGAUAUCUCGAAUUAAAAAGGACACAUCUGAGAAUGCCGCCGAUGUGCUCGUCUUGGAGAAUAAUAAAGGGAAUUUUAUAAAGACUGAAGUAGUGAGUGAAAACGCGAACUGUGACGAGCAAACGUCAUCCAGUAGUAGCUCGAACAAUGUUGCCGAGAAUAACGAGGCUCUUAAUGACUAUGAAAAUGACAAUGACGGUAACAACAAACGUACGGAUACUUAUUUGAAAAUACACGACGCAGCGGGUACAUUAAAAAGACGACGUAUUUCCGAUUACGAGGAUGAAGCGUAUACGCGAGACGAGGCAAGCCUGGUUCUCAUUACCGAAAGUCAAGACAAUUUAGGAAAGCGAUGUGUGUGCAUUUCUAAUUGUUUGCGCAGCUUGACCUUUAUCCCCGGCAAUGAAAGUGAAUUUGCCAAAAGUUGUGUCUUCUUAUCUCUUGUUGGAAAGUUGCUUCUGUUGCACCAUGAGCAUCCCCUUCGCGCUCAUAAAACACGAAACUACGAUCGAGAGGAGGAUGCCGAUUUUGCCGACUCGUGCAGCAGUUUGCAAGGAGAGAACGAGUGGUGGUGGGAAUUUUUAUUACAAAUUCGAGAAAAUGUUCUUGUGUCGAUAGCGAAUGUAGCCGGACAUGUAGAUCUCAGCCAAUAUUCAGAACAAGUUGCACGACCUCUACUAGAUGGUUUAUUGCAUUGGGCAAUUUGUCCUUCUGCGCACGGUCAAGACCCUUUCGCAUCCGUCGGUCCUUCGUCCCUUCUGUCGCCGCAGCGGCUGGCACUGGAAGCGCUAUGUAAACUGUGUGUAACGAAUAAUAACGUGGAUCUGGUUAUUGCUACGCCACCGCUUCCCAGGUUGGAAAGGUUAUGUGCAGUUUUAACGAAACAUCUUUGCCGUUCUGAGGACCAAGUUCUGAGAGAAUUCUCGAUAAACUUACUUCAUUAUCUUGCGGCGGCAGAUAGCAGAAUGGCGCGUUUGAUUGCUCUUCAGUCGCCAUGUAUUUCAUUAUUGGUGGCUUUCAUAGAGCAAGCCGAACAGAGUGCAUUAGGUGUUGCUAACCAGCACGGAAUCGGUGCUUUGCGGGAUAAUCCAGACUCGAUGGGAACUAGUUUAGACAUGCUUCGUCGUGCAGCUGCCACUCUUGUGUUUCUUGCACGACACCAAGAUAAUCGGCCGUUGUUAGUGCAGCAAGAACCACGACUCCUCGCGCUCGUAAUGAGUCAGAUUCUUGACCAACAAGUGGCCCUCUUACUUUCUAAAGUCCUCUACCAAAUCUCACGCAACAGCUAAUCAUCCCCUGUAAAUACGCGUGGCCUUUUCCAAUAAAUUAUUACUACUACUACUAUUACAACUGCUUGUACUACUGGUAUAGACUUGUGUAUAGAAAGAAUUAUAAUUUAAUUGCUCCUGUUAUUAUGGUAAAUGAUUCGAAUAAAUAACGGUAACAAAAAAAAAAUGACCGCUAGUAAAAGUUGAACUAAGAAAUGAUUAAAGUAGUAAACAAAAGAAGAUUUAGGGAAAGAAAUGGUAAUAAAACGAAUCGUUUCAAUUCUAAUCGCUGCUGCUGAUAGUAGCAUCGUCGUCACUACGUGCGGCCAUUAAUUAUUGCUACCAUACUGUCGCCGAUUCAACAACUUCGCUUGUGCGCGUAAGAACAAAGGACCACCCAUCGUUGUUUCGUUCUGGUUUAAAAUAAUGGACACGUGGUGCUCGUGUGCGUAUUAAAAUACCUUUAAAUAGACGAAGAACGAAAUAAAAACAAAUGUGGACAAACUCGUUCGGUUUUCGGACUGGUAGUGAGAUGUUUCAGAUCUCGGAUAAUAGUUAGUUAAUUAAUAAACCACAUAGUAUAUAGUUCAUUAUUAAUUGUACCAUUUUGUAUAUUAAAGAGCAUACGUCUUUCUGGAAAUGUUGAGAACAUGAUCCAUGUUACUUAUGUAAUUUAUUAUUAUUAUUAUUAUUAAUAUUAUAUAAUUAUUUUGAGUAAGUUAGAGAGAACGAUGACUACGACAACUGUAACUUUAUAUAUCUACCCUACCUACAAAAGCGACUACGACGAUUACGAUGUGAUGAUGAUUGUUGAAAUGAAAUAGUACUAUUCUUGCAGUUCUCGAAUUGCCUGGUAUUGGGUGGUUAAUUUUUAUUUCCUUAUUUCUCCUGCACGCCUUAAUUCUUCUCUUAUGUUUCAUGUUUGGUAAUGAUAAAUACUGCGCGAAUGCUUUAUAUAUACAUACAUAACAUACAACAUACAUACAUACAUACAUAUAUAUAAAUAUAUAUGUCUGAAACUGAUUUAAUAAAUGUACAAAGAAAGUACUGAGAGUGGUGUUUUUAUACAAAUUUUGUUUUAAAUGGUUUAAAGCUAAAAAUGUUGUACAUCCCGUUGAUUUUUUAGUAAUUAUUAAUACUUUAUUAAUGGAAACUCUAGAAGUAUGAACUGUUUAUCGACAGUUGUAGAUUACGACGUAACGUAUGCACUGACAGUCGUGCACUAGAUGAACUCCUCCUCGAGUGUAGUUUAAAAUAUGUGGUGAUAUUUUUCUGGCUGUAGGUUUAAACAACACAACAUGUAUGAUGAUUGCAUAUUAUAAAUUUAGUAAAAGCUAAAUAUAAAAUA